UCCGACGUGCUCCACUUCUCUUCCUCGCUCCCGCACUCUCUCCCCGUCUCUUUCCAUCUCUCCCCAAUUCUUCCCUAAGCCCCCCUCUCACUCCCCCUGUUUCGUUGCGUGUGUGUGUGUGUUUUUUUGCUUCGUCCCGCAAGUUGACUUUUCCAGUGCAGGCCGUUUGGAGAUGGCCUUGGCCACGAUGAGCCUGGCGUCUGCUGUGCCGCUUCUUCUCUGCGCGCUGGCGCUGCUGGGCGUGCUGCAGGGGACUGCAGGCGUCCACACGUCUCUCCGCUGGUGCACAAUAUCCACGGGCGAGGAGAGCAAAUGCACCAUCAUGAAGACUGCGCUGAGCACGGCGGGCAUAUCGCCGCCGCUGCUGUGCGUGCGCGCAGCCGACCGCAAGGAGUGCAUGCAGAAGAUAGAGGACGGAUUCGCCGACGCGGUGACCCUGGACUCUGGGGAGGUGUUCAGCGCGGGGAAAUACCACGGCUUGCAGGUGGCGGCUGCCGAGGCCUAUACAGCGGACAUCGUCUACCCCACCUACCAUGCCGUGGCUGUGGUGCACAAGGCGGCGCCGGCGAGCUUGACGUUCGGCACGCUGCGGGGGACGCGCUCGUGCCACACGGGGCUCGGCCGCACCGCCGGGUGGGUCAUCCCCGUGGGAAGGCUGCGGCAGAGCGGCGAGGUCAAGGGGGAGGGCUGCGACAUCCCCAAGGAGGUGGCAAGUUUCUUCAACGCGAGCUGCGUGCCGGGCGCGGGCAAUCUUCCGCCCAGCCUGUGCCAGCUGUGCAUCGGGAACGAGGCGGGGGACGAGAAAUGCGCAGCCUCCAACCACGAGCGAUUCUUCGGCUACACUGGAGCCUUCCGCUGUCUGGCGUCAGGAUCAGGGGAUGUGGCCUUUGUGAAGCACACGACUGUCACAGACAAUACAGAUGGUCACAACCCCGACGAGUGGGCACACGGCCUUCUCUCCACGGACUUUGAGCUGCUCUGUCCGAGUGGAAAUCGUCAACCGGUCACGGGUUUCGAGUCCUGUAACCUGGCCAAGGUUCCCCCGCACGCCGUGGUCACGCGGUCCAGCUCCGAUCCCCGCUGGAUCUUCGACGUCCUCGACGCCGCGCAGAAGCAAUUUGGCAGCGACAAUGGGACGCGGUUCAAGAUGUUCGACUCGAGCGGCUUCCAGGGGACCGACCUGCUCUUCAAGGACUCCACCGUCAGCCUCUUCUACCCAGAAGGCCGCCUGAGCUACAAGGAGUGGCUGGGCGGCGGCUUCCUGGAGUCCAUGCAGGGCAUGGACUGCAAUGGCGCCAGGCCUGCAGCGGUGAGCUCCGUGGCCCUGGUGGCGGUUGCGACCGCACUCUGGGCCAUUCUCCUCGCCUGAGUCGCACGGCCCUAAGGGACCACGGGCGGCACCAGGGGUGGUGGGGAGGGGGGGGAGCAGGCCCCAGGACUUCUGCUUGGUGCAGUGACACCAUCCAGCUGGGGAGUAGGGUUUGAUCUGUACGAAGUGUUGUCCGCUCGUGGAUCUGGGUUGAGGCUACGACAUCCAUCCUAGGUUUUCGUAGCGCGUGCAGGGGGAAUUCAUGGAGUGACUAAAAUGUGAUGGCAGUUGCUUCACUAUAAUCAGAGCUUUCACACAUAUUGUCCCACAGACUCACGUAGAGACCCGCAGACUCACAUAGAGACCCACAGACUCACAUAGAGACCCACAGACUCGCAUAGAGACCCACAGACUCGCAUAGAGACCCACAGACUCACAUAGAGACCCAGAGACUGUCAAUGACUGAUGCUCGUGUGGCCGAGGGUCAGACCAUCGCCCGUGGAACCUCUCAUCUCACGAGCUUUCGCCACACACUGCUACGGGCAUCUUCAGAGGAGCUGAACGCCUGAACAUAAACUCCUUAAGGUGCACGUACAAUAUGUGUGUAUGUUCAACUUCUUUCGCACCGUACGUAGCCAAUUACGAUAAUUAUCAGAGGUGCGGAGGAAGGACAACAAACUAAACACAAAAAUCAGUUCUGAAGAAAUUAGUUUUCAAUCUAAAUGAUUUAAAAGUGCAUAGCUCCAGUGGCUUCCUAAUAUAGGAAGGAAGAGCGUUCCAGACGGCCAUAAAAGCGCAUCUGAAAGCACACGAUGCAGUAACCAUAUUUAAUUGAUGGCUAGCCAAAAGCUGCUGCUGCGAGGAUGACCGGAGUUUGUGCGAUGAAAAUGUAUGCUCCUUGACGAAAUCAACAGGUUAUUGUGAUUCAUUUGUGGCCUCGCAUUUUGUGUGUAAUGAGCGCGACCUUAUAGAUGCCAGGAGGUACUGCGUGGCAAAGCCCUAGGGACUCGUCGACUCACGAGGGGAGAGGGCGUAGCACGGGAGUAAAAAUGUUUCAGGCCUAGUUUACAACCUUCUCAACCUUGGGCUGUGAGCCGCGACCGACUGAUCGCGAACGCGUGGCCGCGUCUCUGUUGGACGCGAGCACCGUGGGGUUCUGCGUGGGUCUCCUUCCCCUCCCUCCUCCGAAGCUUCCAGCCAGAGUUGCCGCCUGUCCUGGUUUUUUCCCAGGAUCGUUCUCCCGUCGAGGUAGCUGUCCUGGGAAUCUCUUAAGUCUUCCCGGGUUUUUUUGUCAGUUUCCUAGCAAUAAUUACACUCCACUCAAGACGGUGCAUUUAGAGGUAAGCCUGUAUAUUUUGAGUUUGCGUGUUCUCCCACGUGGUCGCGUGGAUUUUUCUCCGGGUCCUCCAGUUUUUCCCUCUACAUUUCUAAUCAGCGUGCGUUUAAAAGUAUUUGGGUACUAUAACCGCUUCUGAAAAAGAGCUAUGUAGCUCAGUGGACGUUAUCUGAUAAAAUAAAAAGUUUCGUUUUAUUCCACCCAUGAUAAGUCCAGGCUUUGUUUUUGUGCCUGAGAGGCAACAACCGUACCCCCAGCACCCACGAGCAUCUCCAUCGCAACCAACCGAGUUUCACCGUUUCUGAGUCUGUCCCUCGUAGCUCUGUGGCAACCCCUUUCCACCAGAAGGAACCAGGGACCCACCCUGGUGAUGACGGAGCUCUCUUUAACCUUUGACCCAGUUGAGAAAAAAAAUCCUGACCAAAUUUUAAUUUUGCACUCUGCUAAUCUUCUGGGUAUUUAGAAACAUCUCUGAAUUAUCUUUCCCCCGUUUCGCUCCUUCAAUUUUGUAUCGCAGCCGAGAGUCGAGAUGCGUUUUGUGAAGUGAAAUGUGGUUAAGACGUGGGAAGGGGGGGUAAAAAUGAAGUAUUUUUGGGGGGUGGGGGGGGCGGAACGUCAACUGCGAGGGGGCGACUGCCUUAGCCGGGCACCCCCCUCCCA